UUACUGUUAUGAUGACAAAUUUUUAUCUGAUUUUUGCACACCUGUAGUUUUCUAAUGUAAUAGACUAAUCGUUACUGUCAAGAAUAAAAAAAUACUUUUAAGUAUUCACAGAAAAUACUUAAGCCGCAUUUUGAAAGUAUUAUUAUUUUAUAUAUGUGUAAUAAUCUCUUCAAGACCUCAGAGUGACAGCCACUUAGCUAAUUUCUCUGUUCCGACAGCGACAGUAAACGACUGCUCCUGGAAUCUGGAUCUCUCCGUCACACGGUCUCAGACAUGCAUUCUCAGGAUGGUGAUGAAGAAGUUUUUGAAAUUGUAGACUUCACUACUGCUUCAGAAUGGGAAGUAUUUACAGCUGCUGUAGAAGAGGCCAUUCAGGGUUGGGGUCUUGCAGGUGGUGGCCGCAGCAUCCCUCCUCCUCCGUCUUCUAGUGUCAGCGCAAGCUCCCAGUGGAGGGAACAAAAGCAAAUAAUAAACUACAGUGAUUUUCCAUUUGAAUUGAGUUAUCACUGCCCUUUGGAGACUGGAAGUUCUGAAGAAAGUAGCAAUCAUGGCAGGGCUGAUGUUCUCAGUCCAGGUGACUUUGGAGAAGAAGAAAGCUAUGAAGACAGCUUGCCACCUUCACUUGCCUACAUCCAUGACUGCAGCAACUGUUUCCCUAACAGAGCUCAUUGUGUAGCUAGAUGGUAUGGCUUGAGGGAGUUCAUCAUUGCAGCACCAGCAUCAAGCAGCUGUAGUGUCGCCCCUUCCAAGGCACGUCUGCUCCUCUCUGCCCUCACUCUGGCUGCCAAUAACACGGGCUGCGAGGUGGCGAUGCUGGUGCAGGUGCUGAAGCCUGCAGAGCGCGUGUUCAUGGGCAGCGUGACGGCGCCAGGGCUGAGAGCCACGCUCGACAUGAUCCACUUCCGCUGCUCGCCUCCUGUCGAGUGUCAGGACUAUGAAGGUUUGGUGGAGCUCAUAAGCGACAAAGUUGGCAUCGAGCGCUUGCGGCUUGAGCCAGUUUCAUCCAUACGCUUCACUUACAUUAUUAAUGAAUGGCCUGAGGAGGCUUGCUGGGCUCAGACGCCACCUGACUUGGACCUGGAGCUGGGAGAUCUGGGAGAUCUCGGCUACUCCGGCCUCAAACAACUGCCUUUUGGUCUGCUCUAUGAUCCUGUCAGAGAGCUGCAUUUAUCAGCGGCCUGGCCCCGCCUACCCCACGGAUCAUUUGAGGACUCGCUGCUGCGGUUCACCCUCGACCCUUGCGACGCUCCCUGCUGGACCGCCAAGGUCCUGCCUCCUGCUGGAGGAGUGGAAGGCCCUGAGGUGGCAGGACUGCUGGGGGAACAUCUCAUGGAGCUGCUGCACGCGUGUCGAGACGAGCGCUCUGUGCCAGAGUUGCUGGGCAGCGCCUUCUCCGACCACGGCGCUCAGGGUGGCAGGGACGUGAGCAGCGCUCUGGACCGCCUCACGGAGCACGCUGUGCCGUCGCUGGGCGCCGUGCUGCUGGGACCUCACCGACACCGCGCCGCUGGGAAUAAACGAGGCUCGACUGUACAGCAAGGCCCGUUAUCUGAGGAAGUCAUCGCUGCCAUAUUGAACUUCCUGUUCCCUGAAGAGUAUUCAACUGAUGAUGAUAAUGACUCAGCAUAUCCUACGACGUUUGCUAGAGUGCCUCACUGGCAGCCUCACGUUCAACACCUCCCCGAUGAACACCCCCUCAAGGAUGUGUGUGUGGGUCUGAAGACUGCACCUGCCGAGGGUUUAGUGUGGCGCCUGAGUGUGGUGUGCUGUCACGCUCUGCACUCGCUUGGUGGGCUGCCCGCUGUCGCCCACCUCCUCUACGAGGUCUUGCUCGAACUCCGCUUCAGAUGGGACAACUGUUUGGUGGUACCCGGCGUGUCGCCGGCGUUCGAGGAGCCUCCUCCCCCAGACCUCGCCUCGUGUCUGCUGCAGCAGAAGCUACAGAUGCUCAACUGCUGCAUCGCGCACCGCGAGCGCAGGGAACGCGGCACUGCAGCUGCUUCUGUUGCUGCAGCUGCUGCAGGAUCUGCUGCUGCAGGAUCUGCCGGGACUUCCUUGCUGGGAUUCGACGAGGAUGAAUUUUUCGAUUGCGUCUCCGACGACGAUGAAGAAAAAGAUGCGGAUUCGUCUAAAGAAUCCAACGACGGACUGAUGAGCUGGGACGAGCCUGAGGGACGCGUGCGUCGGUGCGGGGAGCUGCGUCUGCUGCACUCGAGACGUCGCCUCUACGUCCCUGCGACGCAGGACCCCGCGCCCUGCACUGAGGACAAGCUCGAGCAGCAGGCCGAGCUGCUGCUUCGUCUUGGCGACACUGACGAAGGCUCGGCGAUGCGCGCUCGUCUCAUGUCGUCAUCGCUGCUCUCCGACAUGGAGAGCUUCAAGGCUGCCAACCCCGGGUGUGUGCUGGCGGACUUCGUGCGCUGGUACUCCCCCAGAGACUGGGUGCCUGUCGCGCCGGGGGAAGACCUCGUGGGAGUCGAGGUGGUGGACGGCCAUCGGCUGAGCGACCGCAUGACUAUCCCUGGGAACCUAUGGCAGGAGGUAUGGAAAGGCUCUCUGCCAGUGCCAGCACGUCGGCAGAAGCGUCUGUUCGACGACGCGAGAGAGGCAGAGAGCGCUCUGCAGUGGCUCGCGUCUCUGGGACCAGGAGCUCUCUGCCGCCACCUGCUGCCGGUGCUGCUGCACGCCGCCUGCUGCAGGACUGCUCUGGAGCCUCAUCUCUACACUCUGCCCAGCACCGCGGUGUGGGGCCAGACGAGCGCCUACCAGAGCCUAGAGGCGCUGCCGCCGCUGCAGCACAGCGAGAGCCUCCCCGCCCUCCUGUGCCUCCUCACGCAGCGCCUCGGCAGGCUGUCGCGCCAGCCUUGUGACCUCAACAAGUACCGCGACGUGAUCGAACAGCUGAGUGCUGUAGAGCGAUGUCUUGGCCGCGCCAUGAGCUUACGACACAAGUUAUUACCUCAAGAAGCACGCAAUGUUGAACCCAAACAGAAAACUCUCGAUAACAAACGCACAUCAGAGGUUGAUGGAUCUUCUAUGACAGAGGCUAGACGACCAUCGGACGAAGAGCACCGUAAGUCUAAAACAUCGUCGGAUGAAAUAUCACAAGGAACGUCCGAUGUUCCCGCUUCACGGCAAGCGUCGUCUGAACAAACUCGACGACCAUCCCGUGCUGGAAAUGCCAGUAAACACUCAAGCCACGGUGAAGAAAAAUUCAAAGUUGGUCUAGAAGACAGCGACGAUGCCAUGGAAGGCGUCGAAAGUAACUUGGGUUCGCAAUUUACUGUACUGCAAGGGUCUGAUGAUACCCAAGACGAUAAAGACGGCAAAGACGCGCCGAAAGACGGCAAAGAUGACUCAGCGGUUCUGUUGUCGCUGAUCAGCUCCUUGCUCAGCUCUGGUGAGGUCGACGUCGAAGGAGCUGCUAAGGGCGUCGCGGGACAGGCUCUGCUGCGUCUCUUCGAACGCUCCAUUGAAGAGCAGGAGCGACAGGGCAGCCUCCCUCGCUACUCCAUGGAGCAGCGCGCCGCUACAGCGCCGUCCGCGCGUCGCAGUCUGGCGGAACAGACGCGGUCGCGGCUCGGCUAUCCGGGCGCGCGGGAAUACAUCGUCCGCGUGCGCGCUGAGCUGCCAAGCAGGACUUCCAGACUCAUGCCCCACAGACUCUACGCCACCUUCCUCAAGGGGGACUUCAGGGUCGCCGGACUCUUCACUCAAGACGCGACUUUCUCUUAAUGGCGCUUACCAUUAAGGGCUGCCUUGUCUAAAAUAUCGUCUUGGACCAUUAAGACGUGACCUUCUCUUAAUGGUGCUAGACCAUUAAGACGUGACCUUCUCUUAAUGCUACCUUCCUUUAAUGGGUCGUGUACGAGGCAUUAACGGUAUUUUUUUAAGGUAAAAAUCCGUUUUCGAAAGCCUUGGGGCUGCUUGAUGGGUGGAAUCUGCGGGAACGUCGUAGUAAUUGUCUGAGUAAACUGAAAUCUCACUGAAAAACAGGAUUUAUGGUCAUCUAACAAUAUAUUUUUGUGUAUUGUAUUUUUAUCACGGCGUCUGCUGACAAGCUUGUUUCUACAAUCAAAUUAAAUUAGGUACAAACGAUUUAGAAGUGGCUAAUCCUUUUGGUGGUGAAGGAAAAGAUGUCUCCAACUUAUUAUAUUUACAUUUUCUGACAGCAAACGUACUGCUGCACCACACCGAAUUCCAAAAUUAUUCCUAUGGUGUUUAUUUUCAUUCAUUGUUCAGAUAAUAAAGUAAAUUAUUUAACCGAGAUCUAUUCAUACUUCGAUAAUAUUUGAUACCAUUUAAAAGUUACUUACCUAGAGAGGAAACACGGAUAAUCAAUCCGCUGCCGUUAGUGAUUCAUCCAAGUUUUGGUUGAUGUUUUAGUGAAACCAGAGUCUGAACUUAAUGCCUAGUUACACACCGUGCUUGGCUACUCAUAUAAGUUAAUGUUCAGUCAAAUCGUGUUUAAAUAUUACCGAACUCCUCUAAAAACUAGAAACUUUAUCCCGCCGAGUCUUUCAUAGUUUACACUCUUACUCGUAAGCUUGAUAUUGGAGUUCUUUACGUGCUUGUCUGUUAUAUUUAUUUCACCCUAUCUAAUUCCUAAUUUAGGCGAGUUAAGUAUGUUGUUGCAUCAAUAAUUAUAAUUUAACACGUAAUAGACUAUGUGGGUCUUUAUUAUAUUCAAUACUGAUACUGAUAGGAUUAUCAUCCAUGCUGAUUGCAAUUGUUGAUACAUUUUUUAUGGUUGGUUUAGGUUUAAUUUAUAAUAUGGACUUGGUUGAAUAGAAUUUGAUAACUGCUGCUUCAUUUCAUUACCAAGUGUUGUUGACUUUUGAUUUAUCUAUAAAUAGACAACACUGAGCUACAUUGUUUGAUGAAUUAAUUCAACCGAUGAGUCGAGUGUUCAGCUCUCAAUAUGUUUGGAAACUCUGGUGUAAAUCACGUUGUUUCAAUUUUCGACUUGAGCGGGAAAAUGUUAACCUUAUUUUUCUUUAAUGAAAAUGCGAAAACCGAACUUUAACAAAGCAAGUUGUUUUAUCCCUCAGAACAUGUUUUGAAAUGAACUUGUAUUAACACGCUACACACUCAUAAUCAAGAUUCUAUUGUAAUUAGGUACUAUAUUUUCGUAACUGCACUAAUUUUAAUUCAUCUAGUUACUGCUGCUGUAUGCUGAUACUUGUAAUUUAAAUGAAAAGUUUUACAGAAUUUCCUGUUUACGUGUAAGAAGUUGUCAAUAAAUAUGACUGCGUUCGUGAGAAUUUCACAGCUCCCUGACACUGUUAUACUGAACACUUCACGCUGUAUUCACAGCUCCCUGACACUGUUAUACUGAACAGCACAAGAAAACUGUUGGUCAAAUUGUCCAGGUAUAUCGUAAAAAAGCGACAGUGUGCCUCCCUACACGACUCUUUGCCUUCACCUAAUUUUAUAGGUUGUUUAAUUAAGCAACGCUAACAUUUUUCCUUCAAUAUAAUCCAUUAUCUUUAAUAAUA